GACGGGCCGGGGCUGGCGGUCGGGGCUCGCCCCGCUGAGCGCUCUGCUCCCCGCAGGUGGUUCCCAGCAUGGCCGAGGGGCUGCGGGCAGCGGUUGCCAAGAGGCUGAGCGGCGGCGGCGAGGUGCUGGAAAGGCCGGAGGAAAACGGGCGCCAAAGCAAAAGGCUGAAGAGAGACGGCGGUGAGGAGGAGGAGGAUCAGAGCAAAAAGUCGCCCAAGAGGAAGAUCGUGUUAUUGAUGGCGUAUUCGGGGAAAGGCUACCAUGGGAUGCAAAGGAAUAUGGGAUCUUCACAGUUCAAGACAAUUGAAGAUGACUUGGUAUCAGCCCUUGUUCAGUCAGGCUGCAUCCCAGAAAACCAUGGAGAAAACAUGAAGAAAAUGUCUUUUCAGCGGUGUGCUCGAACAGAUAAGGGUGUGUCUGCAGCUGGACAGAUUGUGUCACUAAAGGUCAGGCUAAUAGAUGACAUCUUAGAAAAGAUCAAUAACCAUCUUCCUUCUCACAUCAGAAUUCUGGGGCUGAAGAGAGUCACUGGGGGAUUCAACUCCAAGAACAAAUGUGAUGCCAGAACCUACUCUUACAUGCUGCCAACAUUUACCUUUGCCCAUAAAGACGAUGAUGUGCAAGAAGAGACUUAUCGACUGAACAAAGAGACCCUUGAAAAAGUCAACAAGCUGCUUGCGUGCUAUAAAGGAACACACAACUUCCACAACUUCACGUCUCAGAAGGGACCCAAGGACCCCAGUGCCAAGCGGUACAUAAUGGAGAUGUACUGUGGAGAGCCCUUUGUGCGGGAAAACAUCGAAUUUGCAGUGAUCAAAGUGAAAGGUCAGAGUUUCAUGAUGCACCAAAUAAGGAAGAUGAUUGGACUGGUGAUAGCUAUUGUGAAAGGUUAUGCUGCUGAGUCUAUCAUAGAGCGCAGCUGGGGAGAAGAGAAAGUAGAUGUACCCAAAGCUCCCGGACUCGGUCUGGUCUUGGAAAGAGUACACUUUGAAAAGUACAACAGACGGUUUGGAAAUGAUGGGCUGCAUGAGCCACUGGAGUGGACAGAGGAGGAGGAAAAGAUUGCUGUUUUCAAAGAGCAGUAUAUCUAUCCUACUAUUAUUAACACAGAAAGGGAGGAGAAAUCCAUGAUGAACUGGCUAAACACCCUUUCCAUCCAUGACUUCAACUCUUCUGCUGCUGAGAUGCAAGAUAACAAAAAUUCAAAGAACAGCAGCGAUCUGGAAGGCAGUGAUGGUUGUGGUGAUGAUUCUGACUGAGUCAGUAAGUGUCUGGACCUGGGACCCUUACUGAUUGCAGCUCACUUUGUCUACAAAAAAGUGGCCUUUCUAAUCCCAGAACCCAGUAAAGCAGAGGGUUGCGUGCAUGCAGAACAAUAACCAGAUGCCCAGGAAAAACUGGGUGGGGAAAACUGCCGUAGAAGGAGUAAAAGAAGCUGUUGGUACCACUGACUGAUCCACCUGCCUGGCAUACUUGAAAAAAGUGUAACAAGAAAGAAGCUUUCUAAAAGAUUCUUGUAAUGCAGAUGUCUUAAUUGCUAUUUGAAUAAUGCUUUUAUUACAUGUUUACCUGGAAGUAGUAUUUUAAAUAUGUAUAAUCUUUACAUAAAGAUGGGGAAAAACAUUUUAAUAUACUUUUUGGAUGAUUGUUAUGAAAUUAUGACUCCACGAACUUUCAAUUUAGUUUUUAUUUUCCUUUCACCUUUAAUUAACCUGAUCUCUAAACAUCAUUUUAAGCUUUUAUCUUCCAUGCCAUCCAUGGCUUUGUUGUGGAAUAAUGUGUGGGGUAUAAAUUCAUUAUCAUGCUAACUGCUGUGAAUUCUUCUGCUAUUGAAUCAAACUUACCAUGUUUUCUAAAGCUUUGCAAGCCUAGAGGAAAUGAUUCCUUACUCAGUGAGAGGUCUUAAUGUUGGAACAUGGAUUGAACCACAUAUUUUAAGAUAAGACCUUUUAUUUGAAAGAUGUCGGCCUCCCUUUAUUGUCCUCAUGCUUGGGCAGGCUCAAGAAUGUAGCUCUGCAGCUAUGUAUGUAGUUGGGCAUCUACUGCCUGAGGUGUCGUUUCACAGACCUGCAGAUGAGCUGUGAGGAACACAUGUAAAUUAAUUGCCAGGACUGCAAUUCAAAGCAUGCUGCUAUGAAAGCUCUAGUGUUCCCUGGGGUGGCUCACUAGACGUGUUGCUGCUGGUUUAGUAUUUCUGUUUUUAGUGGAAACUAGCUUGCCAUCUGCUAGAUUCUGGGUUGAUUCAACUUAGCAUGUGUGAAAGGAAUGGUGCUGACUUCCUCGGGGCUUAAUCAAGUCUGCAUUUGCUUGUAUGUGUGAAUUCGUAAUUUCUAUCAAGCUGCUCAGAGUAGAGGAGUGUGCAGUGAUCAGUGAUAAGGGAAGAGCAUGUCUGAGUGUUGUCUUCCUCUGGGAAAUUGUUUUAAUUUUCUGUGUUCUGGGAUCUGCAUACUCUGGAAUUCUUGUUCUCCUUUCUGUCCUGUCAACUUUGGAUACAGACUAGUCCUGUGCCUAAAGAUGUGCAUCAAAACUGGGGGUCCAUACUGAACUUGGGAGUUACUUCUUGGAGACAGUUCUUUGCACCUUCAUUCCAUGGCUUCUGAUUUUCCACACCUCCUGGAUUUUUUUUUUUUUGGCCAAAGUACAGCUGUCCCUUGAAAAGGGAUUUGCUUGUUUCAUCUGGAUUUUAAUCAGAGCUUUUUGUUUAUGUGAAGGCCUUACUGUUUUGGAAUGACAGGAGUGCAAGUGUUCUGGAGAGGGACUCUACCUAGAUUUUCCUUUUACAUCCCUUGCUAACUCAUACUGUUGAACCUAGUCUGUAUUAGUCUUCUGUCCAAAGCUCCAUCUUUCUGUCCCUUUCAAUCUGAGAACAAUGCCUUUACUUAAAAAUAGAGGCAUCAAAACCGACACCAGUGGCUCAGCUGAAAUCAACAGGAAUUUCUUUCUAUAGUCUAUGGAGAACAAAAUAAAACCAGGGUGUUUCUUA